GACGCAGUUCUCGUUUUUCUCGCCUGCGGCUGAAAUUUGGACGGUGAGUCGCUGCUGGAGGCGAUGUGGAUUUCAUGUUUUUAAUUUUUUAUUAUUGUUUUAUUUGGCUUCAUAGAUCAUACUUUGAAUGAGCGAGUCAGACAAGGCGGGAAUGUGUGGAUGAAGUUUCUCUUCUCUUCUCCCGUUAGAGCUGGACUGUCAUUCACAAAUACUACAGCCUGCAGCCUGAGCUCACGUGUUUGACCUGAGCCGAUUUAUUUUUAUUUUUUAUUUUCUGUCACAUUUCAGUCACAGCUGACUUUACACACUGUGUCAAAGUGUGUCAGACUUCUCUCACUGCGAGUUUCGGUUACAGACGCGUCUCUCUCUCUCUCUCUUUUUCUUUUUUUUCUGUUUUCACACUUCUCAUUUUAUUCUUGAAUCUCUGGAUUAAAGAAAUCAAACUGAAAUAACUGGAGAGCAGCUGAAGAAGUCUUCUCGGGAUAAAGUAGACGUGCAGAGUUAAUCUCAUCACUGCAGCUGGGAGUUUUACAAUCAAAGAGGCCGAGCGUUCUUCUUCCUGCAAAUCAAACCAGAAUGGAGCGACUCUGGGUUUUCCUUUUGCUGGAGAUGUUUCUGGUGUCCGGCGCUGCCAGGGGUCCGCCCAGGGUGUCGGAGCGUGUGGCCCACCGGCAGAGCGUCCGUCUGGGCCGCACCAUGAAGCUGCCGUGCCCCGUGGAGGGCGACCCUCCGCCGCUCAUCAUGUGGACCAAAGACGGCCGCAACAUCCACAGCGGCUGGACGCGGUUCAGGGUGCUGCAGCACGCUCUGCGUAUCAAAGAGGUGGAGACGGACGACGCGGGGACCUACAUCUGUAAGGCUACCAACGGGUUCGGCAGCGUGAACGUCAACUACACGCUCAUCAUCAUCGAUGACACCGGCUCAAGAGGUGGAGCAGUGAUGACCAAUGCCGACUCUGAACAUGCCCCGGAGCUGGCUGGGAAACUUGUGCGUCCACGUUUCACGCAGCCGUCAAAGAUGAGGAAGCGCGUCAUCGCUCGCCCAGUGGGCAGCUCGGUGCGCCUGAAGUGCACGGCGAGCGGCAACCCUCGCCCCGACAUCGUCUGGCUGAAGGACAGCCGGCCGCUGGCGGACGAGGACGGAGGAGCGGGAGAGGAAGGGAAGAAGAAGAAGUGGACUCUGAGUCUGAAGAACCUGAAGCCGGAGCACAGCGGGAAGUACACCUGCCACGUCUCCAACAGAGCAGGAGAGAUCAACGCCACGUACAAAGUGGAAGUCAUACAGCGUACCAACUCUAGACCCAUUCUGACUGGUACUCACCCCGUCAACACCACCGUGGACUACGGAGGAACCACAUCUUUCCAGUGUAAAGUCCGCAGUGACGUCAAGCCGGUUAUCCAGUGGCUUAAAAGAGUCGAACCUGGUGACGAGAACAAAUUUAACUCCACCAUCGAGGUUGGAGACCACCGCUUUGUAGUCCUGCCUACAGGGGAGGUUUGGUCGCGUCCAGAUGGAUCCUACCUCAAUAAGUUGCUGAUAACCAGAGCCAAGGAGGAGGAUGCUGGCAUGUACAUUUGCCUGGGAGCCAAUACGAUGGGCUACAGCUUCAGGAGCGCCUACCUGACUGUGCUACCAGAUAUGAAGCCCCAGAACAACGCUAUCCCCACAGCUACGUCUCCAGGCCUGCCCUGGCCCGUCAUUAUUGGAAUACCAGCAGGUGUCGCCUUCAUCUUAGGCACUGCCCUCCUCUGGUUCUGCCAAUCAAAACGCACCUGCUCCUCUUCCUCUUCAUCCUCCUCUGCUCUUCCCGCCGCCCAGCGCCUAACUGCGGCAAAUCGCGACCGAGCCUGCCAAGCGCUGCCUCCUCAACCGGCCGGCGGGGAUAAAGAUUGCCUUUCAUAUGAGGACUACGUUGCCCACCAGCAGCUGCUUCUGGCUCAGGGAGGCACCGGAGUGGCUCCCAAGGUCUACCCGAAGAUCUACACGGAUAUUCACACGCACACGCAUUCGCACGUGGACGGGAAAGUACACCAGCACCAGCAUAUCCACUACCAGUGUUAGCAGCGAGGCUACUGCUUCAACUCUUUACAUGAACAUGUCUCCACGCAUGCAAACUCAUUCACAACAGUCCGUACUAACUGCUGCCAUACAGAGCAACGAACAAAGAAAGCUACAUGGAAGAGAUCCGUGCAGAGACGUGGACUCUUUCCUCAUUCUGCUGGACUUAUUCAAGACACAAACAAUGAAGAAUGUAAAGAAAAGAAGAUUUUUAGCCCAUCUGGAGGUCGAUCCAGUGAAAUCUAUGAGAGAAAAACCCCAAACAUGUUUUACCCAAGCCUUUUUAUAUGAAAUCUUUUCUGUAGAUUUGUUUUUUUUUUCAUUUGAAGCCGCAAUGAACUCUGCAGCUUUGAGACAACUCAAUCUGUAUUUUAGGUGGACACAGCAACCACAACACAACUCCUCAGUAACCGACACUACAUGUAUAUAGUGGAAUAUGAUUAUACAGCAUUUAGCACGCUAUACUUCAUCCUGGGUAAUCUAUAAAGAGCAAUAUAGCAUGUGUGUAAUGUAAUAGCUUCAUUUCAGAGUAUAUCUCAGGCGUCAGCCCAACUGAGCCAUCAGAAACACAAAUCAAGAUAAACUCCUCCCACUGUAUCCACACCCUCGCACCCUCGGCUGCUGGUUUUUGCUUCUGCAGGGUUCAGCUGCUAUCUGGGUACUGUGUGGAAAA